AUGAACCAGAUGCCAAAUAUCAACCCUGUCAUACGUGCAGGCCUGGUCCACCAGGUCACGCUCCUGAUUUCACCUGUAGGCAGCCAGGGCGUCCACUCUGGGACGGUAAACGUGGCUGAUGUUCCCACGGGACUCUCUGCGCCCCUGUCUUCUCACCUGGAUCACCUGUCAGCACGGGUCAUGGACUGGGUACAGGCUCAGAUCUCCUGCUUCAAAGCCCACUGUCAGAGGAGAGGAGGCUGA